AUGGCUAAAUCGAAAUUCCUUGGUGGUAUUCGGAUACUGAAACGUCUCGCUACGCAUUUUGCAACUGACGGCGUGAAGUGCGACACCUUCAACCGCGUGAUUUCUAUCAAUCUGGCUUCCAAGUCACUUACCGGAAAACUCCCUUCCAAUCUGAACGCACUCUCCCACCUAACUGACCUCUCUCUCCAGGGAAACUCUCUCUACGGUUCGUUACCCUCCUCGGCGAACCUUUCCUUGCUCCAAACAGUGUACCUCGACGGCAACAACUUCACCUCCAUACGUGACGGUUGCUUCCAAGGGCUAACCAGCUUGCAGAACCUUAGCUUAACCAACAACAUUAACCUCGAACCCUGGACCUUUCCCACCGAGUUGACUCAGUCAACCAACCUCUUCCAACUCCACCUCGGAAACUCAAACCUCGUGGGUCCCUUGCCGGAUGUGUUCGAUUCCUUUGUCAGUUUGCAGAGCAUUCGUCUCUCUUACAACAAACUCACCGGUGGUUUGCCGAAGUCCUUUGCGGGAUUGUCGAUUAAGAGUUUGAGGCUCAAGAGUCAGAAAAACGAGUUUGGCCUCUCCGGUUCAAUCGACGUGCUUUCUUCCAUGACCUCAUUGUCUCAGGUGUGGCUUAGCGAGAACCAGUUCACGGGUCCAAUUCCGGAUUUAUCAAAUUGUACCAACUUGUUUGAUCUUCAUCUUCAGGACAAUUUGUUAACUGGUGUGGUUCCACCUUCUUUGAUGGCUCUCUCUAGCUUACGGAACGUUUCUUUGUACAACAACAUGCUGCAGGGUCCUGUUCCUGAGUUUGGGAAAGGUGUGAAGGUCUCUCUUGAUGAUGGGAUCAAUAGCUUUUGUCAAUCAAGUCCUGGUGUGCCUUGUGAUCCCACUGCCACCACUUUGCUUCAUGUUGCUGCGGAUUUUGGGUAUCCCCUUCUGUUGGCUAGUGCCUGGAAAGGGAACAACACUUGUCAAGAUUGGAGGUUCAUUGUGUGUGAAGGAGGGAAUAUCACUACGGUGAAUUUAGGAAAGAAGAAUUUGACCGGAACCAUUUCAGCUGCAUUUGCCAAUUUAACUUAUUUAAGGAAAUUGAUUCUCAGUGAUAAUAAUUUGGUUGGCUCAAUACCUUGGAGCUUGACAACUUUGCCUCAACUUGAGAUUCUGAAUGUGUCUAAUAACAACCUAUCUGGAAAGGUUCCCAAUUUCUCAGCUAAGGUGAAGUUCAUUCUUGUAGGUAAUGUUUUGCUUGAUCGUCCAGGAGAUGGGGGCAAUGAAACUCGUCCAUCAUCGAGUUCUGGUGAUGCACCGAGUGUAAGUCCAUCUAAAACAGAACAUGUGUUGAUAGCAGGUAUUAUUGGUGGAGUGGUAACAGGAUUGUUGAUAUGUAUCACUGUUUAUUUUUUGGUAAGCAAGUCCUCGUCUUGGCGUGGAAAAUUUUGGUUGACCAAAAAAGAUAACAAAGAUAUUGAAGCAUUCUUGAAAAGUCAUGGAGCUUUAACUCCGAAAAGAUACAAAUUCUCAGACAUCAAGAAAAUGACCAACUCGUUCAAAAAUAAACUAGGACAAGGUGGUUUUGGUGCUGUAUACAAAGGACAUCUCUUUAGUGGUUGCCCUGUGGCUGUAAAGAUAUUGAGGUCAGCCAAAGGAAACAAUGAAGACUUCAUCAAUGAGGUUGCCAGUAUCAGUAGCACUUCUCAUGUCAAUGUUGUCACCCUUCUUGGAUUUUGUCUGGAAGGUCGCAAGAAAGCUCUCAUCUAUGAGUUUAUGUCCAAUGGUUCCCUUGAAAACUUUAUUCACAAAAAAGGACAUGAAACUGUUGCAUCAUUGAGCUGGGAGAAUUUGUAUCAAAUUGCCAUAGGGAUUGCUCGAGGGAUGGAGUACUUGCAUAGGGGGUGCAAUACUAGAAUUUUGCAUUUUGACAUAAAACCACAUAAUAUUCUUUUAGAUGCGGAUUUUUGCCCUACGAUAUCAGAUUUUGGGCUAGCAAAGCUCUGUCCGAGAAAAGAGAGCAUAAUUUCCAUGUCAGAUGCUAGAGGGACAAUUGGGUACGUAGCUCCAGAAAUGUGGAAUAGACAUUUGGGAGGAGUUUCUCAUAAAUCUGAUGUUUAUAGCUACGGAAUGAUGCUGCUAGAGAUGGUGGAAGGGAGGAAGAACAUUAAUGCUGAAGCCAGUGACACUAGUGAGAUAUACUUCCCACACUGGGUAUACAAUAGGCUUGAGCAGGGCAUUGAUUUGAGACCAGAUGAGGUGAUGACCACAGAAGAAAAUGAGAUAACAAAGAGAUUGACCAUAGUGGGUUUAUGGUGCAUUCAAACGUUUCCAAAUGAUAGACCUACAAUGAGUAGAGUGAUAGAUAUGUUGGAAGACAGCUUGAAUUCCCUAGAAAUUCCACCAAAACCUAUGUUUUCUUCUCCUACUAGACGCGUAUCUGAAUCCUCCAUUUCUUGA